AUGCAUCCAGCGCUAGUGAUUCUCAUCUCGGUGGUGGCGGUUCAAUCCAUCGCCGCUCUUGGCAAAGAUAGGUUGCAAGACAUCCUAUGGUACUGCUAUGUAGCAGUCUUCCACAGAUCCACACUCUCCACCCAACGAUCUCUCCGUCGCCAAAUCCUCACUGACAAACGAGACCUAGCCGCAACAUCCUCGCAAGACCAAUUCGCCAAGUGGGCGAAACUCCGUCGUCGUGUCGACAAAGGACUUGCCGAUCUCGAAAAGGCCAACGCCUCGCUCUCCUCCGCUCGUUCCACCUUUUCGAUGCUGUUCAAAGGACUCAUGUUCGUCAUUACAACCAUCUUCCCCUUCUGUGUCACGAGUUGGUACAGCAAGACACCGAUCUUCUGGUUGCCACCAGGCGAGCAUAGCUGGUUUGGACCUGUGGGAUGGUUCUUGGCGCUGCCGAGGGCGCCGAAAGGAGCGAUCAGUAGUACGGUGUGGCAGAUGGUCUGUUCGAGGACGUUAAUUGCGGUUGGUGGGGCAUUGACGAAUUUGAUACCUGGGAAGGAGGAGGAGGUUCUGAAUCAAGCAAAGGUGGAGGAGAUUGUCGACGAGAAGGAAAACCAGGAGAAGGCAAAGGCAACUGGGGCGAGUAAGCCAGCCGCAGCAGCAGGGGAGACAAGAAAGAGAACGAAGGCAAAGGCAGCUACAGUUUCGGAGAAGCAGGACCUGUGA